CCCAGCCCCUCGUGCUCGGUCUAUCUGCCCAUAUGGCUGGCACCGGGAGCGCUCCUUAUCCAGAUAACAACAUCAAACAUCCGUCAUUUCCCUUUCGCAGAUGCGAGGAUCAGCCCCGGAAAGUGACGUUUGCGUUACACAGAACAGCAGAUAUGCAGAAUCUAAGGAGCAUCCUUAAGUCGGGUCUAGGCGUUCUACUCGCGCUGUUGGUUGCAUUUGGAGACGCGAUGGCUUCUAUUCUCAUGCGUCUUACCAAACUGGGCGGUGUACAGAACUUUCAGUCCAUCUUCUGGAACCAAGUCGCGCAGAUGAUCUUCGUCUUGUGUCUUACCAUUGCCGUUCGACCCAAACUCAGAGGGGAAAGUUGGAAGGAAACUGCCGUUUUGGUUGUAGGUGGAAUACUCCGCGUGGCAGCAGUGGUGUGUGUGUGCCUGUCUUAUCUACAUGUUUUACCGGGAAACACGUGGUCUGUUGUGUACGGCAUUGGCCCCGUCCUCACCAGUGGACUAGCAGCACUGAUCGCCAAGGAACGACCGAAUGUCGUCCAAAUAGUAGGGAUGUUCAGCUGCAUAUGUGGGGUGACCAUGGUCGGCGUUUCCAUGAAUGCCAAGGAGGCUAACAAUCAGACUGUGCAACAACAAGUACUGAAUUUACUUUAUCCACUUUUUGCUAGUAUUCUCUUUGCCCUGUGUUGGGUUUUACUGAGAUGGCUGUCCCAAAAAGGUGUUCCUCUUGUGACACACAUGUUCUACUACAGCAUUAGUGGCACCCUCCUCUUGCCUCUUUCUUACCUAGUAGAGAAGCCGGUGUGGAGUUUUUCUCCAGGUACAUGGGGGUUACUAGUUGCCCAGACGCUUGUUUAUGCGAUGAUGUAUAUCAGUAACGCUGCCGCUAUUCAUAGCGAAACCGUUACAACAGUUCAGAUUUUGAAGGUACUGACAAUCCCUAUGGCCUUUGUCUUGGGAGUCUUCUUCCUGAAACUGGCUCCGAACGUUCUAGAGAUGUGUGGUGGAGCUAUAGUGACGGUAGGGGCGAUAGUUGUCGGUGUGUGGGCCUGGAUAUUAAAUCUUAAGCAGAAACGUCAUGAGCAGCUUAAGGAGACUCUUGGCUUCUCCGACAAGCCGACGUAAGUGUUGGGGCGGCCAAAAUAACUUUUUUUAGCCACCAUCUUAGAUCACCAGACUGAAAAAAGUCAGCUUUGUUCCGUCACAACACCUUAAUGCGUGAUAUAGAUUUUAAAGAAAAUACGACACAAAGAAAUGAAACAAAAAAGAUAUAAAACAAAUGCUUAAAAUUAGACUUAAGAAAUAAGAAAUGAUUAUUGAACAGGAAAUGUACAAUCAAUAGAUUGAAAUCUGUAUGUAAAACUGCUAACAAUGAAUUGAGUCGAGGGACUAACAACUACAAAACUUAGUAUUAUAUCGCUUGGUAGUGAUAGAAUCAGCAGGUUGGCUUCAAUAUACAGUUUUUUUAUCACUGAUGAUUUUAACCUCGACCUUAAGAAACUAGCUCUAUCGUUCCAGCAAAACACCAGUGUUUGGCCGGUUGUCCAAUCAGAGCACGGUCUACGACUAGGUCGCUACUACAUAUGCAAUUUUGUCUACCAAACCGAUUUUUUUAAAAAUAAGUAUCUAUUAAAUAGUGGAUGAAGCUUUCAUCUGGUCGCAAAUUAUGCAGACCACGUCGAAAUGUAUUGCUGAAGUCAAAUUUUGUCGAGUAAAUUUCAAUGUAUGUGUUAUUGAAGCCUAAUUGUGUAUAAUUAGCGUUUUUGACGGGGAUGUUCUAAAAUUAAAAUUGGUCGGUGUUUUUAUUGUUCCGCUUAAAUGAUCAAUGUCUAGUAAGUCUGUUGAGUACAUACACGUGAUCUUGGACAUUGAACGGAAUUACUUUGUAAGAGAUAUAAAGGGGCCAUAUACGAGGGGUGAUCAAUAAGUCCUCGGCCUCACCAAGAAAUAACAAGCACAACUCAGAUUUU